AUGGGCUUGAGCGACGAAAAGGAUCGCAUUGUGAUAAACGUGGGAGGGACCAAGCACCAGACAUACCGCGGUACCCUACGUACCCUGCCCGGCACCCGUUUAUCCUGUCUGGCCGAACCCGACGCGCCUAGUCACUUCGACUGGGACGACAAACAUGAGGAAUUCUUUUUCGACCGCCACCCUGCCGUUUUCGCCCAUAUCCUUAACUAUUACCGAACUGGUAAACUGCACUGCCCUGCCGAUGUCUGCGGACCUCUUUACGAGGAGGAAUUGGCAUUCUGGGGCAUCGAUGAGACGGACGUGGAGCCUUGCUGCUGGAUGACCUAUAGCCAGCACCGGGAGGCGGAGGAAGCGCUUGAUAGUUUCGGCGGGGGUGCCCUGCUCGACUUAACCAGUAAUGAAGAUCAGGACCCGGAGUUCGUGACCGACCCGGGGGAUGGGGUUGGUGAUGAGGCAGAUGAGAUGACGAGGAGGUUGGCGCAGGGGUACUCUACCGACAUAAAGGCAAGGGGCCUGUGGGGUCGUUGGCAGAAACGCAUGUGGGCUCUGUUUGAAGACCCCUACUCUUCUAAAUAUGCACGGACGGGGAAGACAAGUUGA